AUGAACUGGUACGCAUGGCUUGCCCUUGUGGUGGCCAGCCACCUCGUCCAUGGGACCAAUGCAAAGGCUGUCUUUGCACAUUUUAUGGUCACGAACUCCCAAAACUAUACUGCUUCCGAUUGGGAAUCGGAUAUGAAAUUGGCCAAAGAUGCCCAUAUUGAUGCCUUUGCAUUGAACAUGGCGUGGCAAGACAGCACCAACGACAAUUCUAUUAAAGCCGCCUUUGAUGCUGCUGGCUCAGUCGGCUUCAAACUUUUCUUCUCGUUCGACUACGCGGGAAAUGGGCCAUGGAGCAAGGAUACCGUGAUCAGUAUGAUCCAGCAGUACAGUUCCAAUGGAGCAUACUUCCUAUACAACGGCAAGCCUUUCGUGUCUACCUUUGAAGGUCCCGGAAAUGCGGAUGACUGGGUGGAAAUCAAAGCACAGACGAAUUGUUAUUUCAUCCCCGAUUGGUCGUCUGUUGGUGCCAAGCCAGCUGCAGCACUUGCAAAUGGUGUUGCCGACGGACUGUUUAGUUGGUCUGCUUGGCCAUGGGGCAAUCAGACGAUGGAUACCUAUACAGAUGCCUCUUAUUUCCAGUAUCUGGAGGGUAAACCAUAUAUGAUGGCUAUAUCACCAUGGUUCUACACGAACCUUCCAGGCUACAACAAGAACUGGCUUUGGAAGGGUGAUAGCCUCUGGUUUGACCGAUGGCAGGAGCUUCUUGGUCUUGACCCGAUGCCUGAAUUUGUUGAGAUCAUCUCGUGGAAUGACUACGGUGAAUCGCACUAUAUUGGCCCGGUUUACGAGAAGUCUAUGGCUGCAUUUAACAUUGGCAAAGCCCCCUUCAAUUACGCACUGGACUUUCCGCAUGAUGGCUGGCGGGAUGUUCUUCCUUUCCUGAUCGAUCUUUAUAAGAAUGGGAAAGCAGAUGUUACUGAAGACAAAGUGGUCGUCUGGUAUCGCCCGCAUCCAGUAUCUGCUUGUUCUACUGGGGGUACGACACUCAAUACCGCUCAACAAUUGCAAAUCGAGUUCACACCAGCCGAUGGCCUAGAAGACCGCAUCUUCAUCUUGGCGUUGUUCACCGACGGCAACCAUGAGGUGAUGGUUUUCAGCGGAGGAGAAUCUUCAUAUUAUCCUACCUGGGAAUCUAUGCCAGAUGGGAAUGGCGGAGCAGGCCUCUGGUUUGGCACGUACCCCGCUAGACCUGGAAAGGUUGCAUUCGAACUGAUAUAUGGGGAUACUCAGACUGGUUCGCUCUCUGGAAUUGAUAUUUCUUCCACUUGUCCACAGGGUUUCAAUAACUACAAUGCGUGGGUGGGAAGUUUUACUGGAACACUCUCCGAUAAGGCCACGAUUUUUCUUGAAGGCGAUGAGUGUAUCAAGGGCAAAGGUGCUUAUGAUUUCAACGAUCUCUGUGACUUCACUUGCUCUUAUGGCUACUGUCCUGUUGGCGCUUGUACCUGCGAGCAACUAGGUUCAGCUCGCACCAAGCCUAAUGCGACAGGAGUCACUGGAUAUCCCGCGGAAGGCAGAGAUGCCAACUACGAAGGCCUCUGCAGCUUUGCUUGCAAUUACGGAUAUUGCCCAAGCAAGACAUGCGAUACUGUCGAGCAUACUAUGCCCAUUCCCACGGUCUCUGAUUUCCUGCCACCAGCUUGUAUUGCUGGAACUGGUGAAGGCGACUCCAUCGGGCUGUGCUCCUACGCCUGUAAUUACGGCUAUUGCCCUAUCAACCUUUGUACUUGUACCGCAACAGGGCCACUUAUCCAGCCACCACCUCAAACGAAUAUGUCUGGAAUGGCGGGGCCAGGCCAUUCCAAUAUUUUUGAUAACUUGUGUGACUUCGCUUGCAGCCGUGGAUAUUGUCCGGAAGGGACAUGUGAGUACAAUCUUGAUUCUGAGAUCUCGACCUUUCGUCCAAACUUGAAUUGGGGUGGCACAGGCGCGGCUAUAUGUUCUGUGAGCCAAAGGCCAGCGAUCCUUCAAGAAUUCAGAUUCGCAAUGUGGAUGGCACAAAGCGCACGGGAUGAUCUGCAGACGUGGAGCUUCUACAAGACUUUCUUCUCAGAGAACGUACGAGCUGACCCAAAGUUUGCGAAAAACGCAGCCGGUGUCUACAAUAACGUUGUGUCGAUGCUGGAUGGCUCUGGGUUUGGUCUCCAGAUCACUUGUAACUUCACUGCAAACCCAUGUACAGGUCCAACUCCCGACAUUGCUUUCAUGAAUGCUGGCCGAAAAACAAUGAACAUCUGCCCUGGAUUCUUCACGAAUACCAGAAUGACAGCCACGGCCGACAAGUUCCAAAACCCUCCCGCGAGCAUUAUAGAUGCACACCACACGAGAUCUGCUGUCCUUCUUCACGAAAUGACCCAUUCCAAAUUUGCAAUGAAGACAGUUCACCCGUCACAAGCCAAAGAUUUUGCAUACGGAUGGGAGAGUUGCAAACUGCUUGCAGAGGGUACAUUCAACCGAGGGUGCCAACCUUACGCUGGUCUCAAAGGAAACCUUUGCGCAGAUACCAGCGACCCUUCAAAGGAUGGCAUCUGUAAUGCGGACUUUUCACAGAUCAAUGCGGAUACCUGGGCCGUGGUUGCCGCUGGUAUUUUCUUCAGUAACAAUGUUGGCACUGAAGUUCCCCUCGUUCCGCCUAGCCCUACCUCUGCUCAAGCCAUUUCUGAGCUAUCGACAGCAACAACUUCGGAGUGUGUACAGUAUAAUCCCCUGAUGUUUGACCAUGGGAGUGCAUUCGAAAUCAGUGGCGUGGUUUCAUUUGGGGAUUCUUUUGCGGCAGGAAUGGGCACCGGGGUCACAUCGUCAGACAAGUGUCGUGUAGGUCAGUCCAACUAUGGCGACCUAAUUUAUCAAGAACUCCAAGAUACUUCUAUUUCCAUCGAAAAGAAAGUCUGCUCGGGUGACACCACAACUGGUUUGGGACGUCAAAUUCAAGAAUGGAGUAGUCAAUAUUCUGCAAACUUGGCCACUCUGACUAUGGGCGGAAACGAUCUUGGGUUUUCUGACAUUGUUUGGAAUUGCAUCGUGACCCCAGCUACUUGGCACUUUGGAUCAACUUACCGCCAGUGGUGCGUUGAAGCUGAGGACAAGGCACGCGCUUUGAUGAAUGAUCAAGGAGAGACCGGCCUACGCCACAAGCUCAAGACUCUCUAUAAGCAGAUUCUGGAAAAGGGCGAAGAAGUUGAUCUCUCCCUAUUUGUCACUGGUUACCCCGAGUUCUUCAACCAAGACACCACCGAUUGUGACCAGAGCACCUUUCAUUAUUUCUGGAGUGGCUAUAAUCCUCCCAGUGAUUGGUGGUUGAACCGCAUGGUCUACCUCACAAACGAUCUUCGUGCUGAACUCAACUUGCUGGUCUCUCAGCUCAACGAUGUAAUCAUGGCUGCCAUUCGAGAUGCCAAUACCGAAGCUGGUUCCACGAGAGUGUAUUACGUGGAUGUCCAAAGCAAAUUUUACUCGCACCGCUGGUGUGAGCAAGGGAUUCAUGAACCUGACUCGAGCGCCCCGAACACUUACUUCUUUUUGAGCGGCUGGAAUGAUCUCCCUCUUGAUGGUGAUACUGUGACUUCGUCAGAUGCGAGUGAUGUUUCCUAUCUGAAGCAAAAUGGUAUUGAUCUGCCGGACCCUUCAAAUUGUGAAACCGCGCUCGGUUCAGAUCCAGACCCAUGGCAGAAAUGGCUUUGCCUUGUUUCAAUCGCUAUCAACCAAGAACCAGACGGACCGAUAGCAUGGUCAUAUGGAAACGCGACCCAGGCCAUCAAAGAUGGAGAUCUCAACGCGCAGGAUGUUUCAGACUGGUAUUUUACCUAUCAAAUCAAGGCUUUCCAUCCACGAAGUCCUGGAAUGGGACUAUACCGUGAUGCGAUCCUGGAGAAAAUUGAUGCAACAAUCGGCCACUAG